ACAACACCUGGUUUCAUCAUUUGAAAUGUCGCGGCUGCAUUGUUUUCCGAAGUUUUUCCGCUUGGCAGUUGUUGUUGCAUGGGCAGGGGCAACAAGUUCGUGUUUUUGUGGAUGUUGGCACCUCGUGCAGCAGUUGGGAGUUUGCAGAACCCCACGCUGCGCCAGCAGCUGGGCUGAUUUGGAGGAACGCUUACCCUCCAGUUUGGUACCAGAACCGCGGCUCAUUGACUCCGUCCUCAAACCAGAGAAACCAAACUUGGAAGGCCAUUUAGUUUUAUUCCGCGAACGAAAUGGCUGGUGCCCCUAUUCGGAGCGUGUGUGGCUGGCAAUGGAGGCCAAAGGCUUGGAGUAUACUACUGUCCUUGUGGACAACUAUGGCUCGCGCGCUGCGUGGAUUGGAGGGCAAACCCCUCAGGUGCAAUGGCCCAGCGGCAAACGGCAAGGUGAGUCGUUGGACAUUGUCAAGGCCCUGGAUGAAGAAUUUCCGGAUACCCUGGCCUUGUGGCCAGACAAAGAGGUCACGGAGUUAGUCAACGCCUUUCGUAGCACCUUUCCAAAACAGACCAGGCCAUCGUCCCGAGCAGCCUUCCUCUUCAGUUGGAACGGUCCCGUGUUUCGCUCCGAAUUCGAAAAGACCUUGGACAAGACCGAGGAGCUUUUGGGCAAGCACGGAGGGCCUUUCUUCCAUGGCAAGCAGAUCUCUGCAGCAGACUGCGCCUGGGCACCCUUUUUGGAGCGCUAUGCGGCACAGCUGCCUUUACUGCAUAGUGGCCUCCGACCCUACGAUCCUAGCCGAUGGCCUCGUCUGGGUGCUUGGUAUGAAGCCAUGGAUGCAGAGGUCCCAGCCUACUCGGCCCGCGUGCGCGGGGAUGAAGACUCUUGGAGGAAGGUGCUGGCCCAGGCAGGGUAUGGCAAUGCAGGUGUGCCACCUGACCUAGUCGAGGAGGAUGCUGAGCACCCGCAACCAGCUGUUGGAGCAUGGGCCACCUACGCUGCCCAGAGGCCCUUUCUGGCACCCACACCUGCGGAAGAGGCAGCGGCGCGAAUCGUGCGAAACCGUGAAGCUUUGGCCAAAGAUGCCAUGGCCCAGGGUGUUCAGCAAAGUGAAGUGGAUGAAGGCUUGCGCGCGGUGGCUGCCGCUCUUCUGGAGGAUUCGCCGCCGGAUGCAUCAUCUUCCAUGGCAGCAGUGGCUGCGUACCUCGAUGAUCGAUUGUGUGUUCCGCGGGACAUGGGUCUGCUUCCGGCCAAAGCCAUCCGCCAAUUGGCGUGCAGCCUGAAGUGACCUGUGCAGAUGUGGCCGAACAUUUGAAGAAAAAAAA